GCCAACCCCGGCCUAUGAAGAUUUGCUGUCAAGGCACGGCCCGCACGGCACCUCCUCACAAAUAUUUGAAUUUUGAAAAAGGCGGAACUCGAACAGGAAAACCAACUGUUAGCGAAUAUGACUGAAAACAGUUCAAUAAAUCCAUGAUCUAGGACAGACAGAGCCGAUUUUAUUCUGUCUUGCUAGUCUGCAAAAAAAACAGUCUGCUCUGGAAUCGGGUCCCAGCUUGCCUCUUUCAGAGAGUGAUCGGGGCACUUGGCACCUUUGGUUGGCUAGCCUGGAUGGCGUUGACGCGGCCGCGGGAGGACGUACAAACUGUCACCUUGCAGUGUCGUGCACCUUAAAUUAGCUUUUGCUUUGUACGUGUUGUCCCGUCCCGUCUCUUACGUGUCUGUGAAGUUACCUUGCUCCGUAAAUUUCCACCCGUGGUAAGUGCAGAAGCUUGGGAGAACGUCGAAGAUGCACCCAUUGAUGCUCGUCUAAAUCUAGUUUAGUUUUCGUCAGCCUUGAUCGUGAUGUUCACUGGACUGUUUGAUCUGGGGUUACUGCAGGUUUCUCUGAAUUGCUUGAAAAACUUCGAUGCUUGUUCUGUUUCCAGUUGUCUGAUUCUUCCCAGAAUGAACGUGAUCCGACAACCCAAGCGUGGAGGGGGGAACCCUGGUGGUUCGAGGCCCCUCAUAAUGACCAACCAGAAACCCAAAGGACGUGGGCGAGGAGCCAUAGACUUUGACCCAAUUCAAUACCGCCCUGGCCGUCAGAGAGGCACUUCCACUUCCAGCAGUGGAGAAAUGAGGACUCCGAGCAAUCUGGCGCUACAGAUGGGACUCAUUUCCUCAGCUCAUCGAGGUUCCUCUUCCUCAACUCACACCGAUUCUGCAAACCCGUCUACACCAUCAGGCCAUUCUCUUAUCCACCCAAUGCUUAGAUCAAGAGUUUUUGCCAGGCAAUCAUCGUCUUCAUCAUCUAAUGUCACUCCAAGAGCUACUUCUAUUAUGGGCCCUCCAAAAACUCCUCGCAGUAAUCUCUUCACGCCGAGGAAUUCUUUGAUAGUGUCAAGCACACCAAGAACAACUCCCACAUCUGGCUCUACAGGAGAAUUACAUCAUUCACAUGUAAUUCUUGCAGUAUCCGAGGGGAGGGGACAUGCUCGAGGUGAAGUUGGCAUAGCUGUCAUCGAUAUCAAGAGGCCUCGCCUGAUUUUAUGUCAACUUAGUGACCGUCAAACUUAUGUAAACACUCUCACCAAAAUCAGUGUGUUUCAACCGGUUGAGAUUUUGGUACCUAAUACUUUUGUUGACUCCAAUCAACCAAACAAACUUUAUAAAUUACUUGAAGAGAAAUUUCCUUUUGUGAGCAUGUCCAAAGUUCAGAGAAGGCUGUUUCGAGAUUCAGAUGGUCUAGAAAAGGUUCAGCACCUUUGCCUCCCUCAAAAUUCAUCUUGCCAGUUGAUUCUGCAAGACAAAUUUUAUGCGUUGGCUGCAGCUGCUGCUCUUCUUAAGUAUGUAGAAUUUGUACAGAAUGUAAUCUUUGCUGCUCACUCACUCAAAGUAGAAUAUCAAGGAGCGCACCAUGGAACCAUUAUUGAUGUGAUCACAGCAAAAAAUUUAGAAUUGCUUUUAAAUCAACAGAGCAACAAUGCCUCCCACACUUUAGUGAAGGUGAUAGACCAUUGCUGCACUAAUGGGGGAAGUCGUUUGUUGCGGGCCUCCUUAUUGCACCCCCCAUGUUCCCUACCUUUCAUUACAAAGCGCCAAGAUAGUGUUCAAGAGUUGGUGGAAAAACCUGAUGUAGCUCAGAAAAUACGGGAAGUUUUCCGGCAGUUACCUGAUGUUGAGCAGCUCCUAACUUUAUGUAUGCAAACCCCAUCAACUAUUGAUAGCACUCAGGCAAUGGAGACAAGAGUGAACUAUGUACUGCAGCUUAAAACAGCAUUGGAAUCUCUACCUCAUAUUGUGGCUGCUAUGGAGAACGUUCAGUCCUCUUUGCUUUGCAAAGCUAAAAAGUGUCUUGAGGAUCCCAGAGGUAAUUUAAUGAAAGCAAGAAUCCUGCAAACACUAAAUGAAGAUGUCAAAGCUCCCAAGGGAGGUAAGACGGCUGUUUUUCAGAAGUGCUUUGCUGUUAAAAGUGGAAUCAAUGACCUCAUGGAUGUUGCUCGCAAAACAUACUGUGAGCUUAUCAAUGAUAUGCAUGAAAAUGUCAUAGAACUUGGAAGCACUUAUUCACUUCCACUGAAAAUGAACUAUUCUGUGACCAGAGGAUAUCAUAUUCAAGUCCCAAUCCAAAAAAACCAUCCUGUUAAAAAAUCCGAUCUGCCAGCACAGUUUGUACAGGUGCAGCAAAGUAGAAACUGUUUCACCUGUACAACUGACACUCUCAUUCUUGCAAAUGAACGAAUUAAGUAUAUAACAACUGAUAUACUCACCCUGAGCAAUACACUACUUUCUUCCAUUUUGAAUGACAUCCGUGAACAUAUUGGCUAUCUGUAUGAAAUGUGUGAAAGCAUUGCUGAGGUAGACCUUGCAUUAUCGUUGAGCCAAAUCAGCAGAAGCCAUAACUAUGUGAGGCCUAAAUUUGGAGACAAACUCUGCCUUAAGGCAUCUCGCCAUCCAAUUUUAGAGUCCAUUGCUUCAUGUGAUCCCAUUGCUAAUGACAUUGAAGCCACAAGCUGGCAAAAUAUGUCUGUCAUUACUGGUCCAAAUAUGAGUGGUAAAAGUAUUUACAUCAGACAAGUGUUACUUCUACAAAUUAUGGCUCAAGUAAGCUACUCAAUUUUCUUACUCAUUAAAUUGGGUUUCAUUUAUUUUCAACUUCAACAAUGUUUCCUCCUAUAUACUGUUCAGGUUGGGUGUUAUGUCCCUGCUGAGGAAGCAACAUUUCGCAUCACAGAUCGCAUAUUUUCUCAUCUGAACUUUGAUGACAGCAUUGAAAAUAAUGCUUCAACCUUGGCUUUAGAAAUGAAGGAAAUGCAGCUUAUUCUGUCAAGCAUCACUGCUACUUCCUUGGUUGCUCUUGAUGAGCUUUGCAGGGGAACUUCUGUUGAAGAGGGGACAGCAAUAGCGUGGUCGCUGUGUGAGGAGCUCAGCCAAUCAACAGCAUUUGUUUUUGUCACAACUCAUUUCAGAGAAUUAACCAGGCUGUCAUCUCUUUACCCUUCUAUUAAAAACAUUUACUUGGAAACAGUCGAGCAUGAGUUUUCUGACAAAAAGUGUCGACUUGUUUACACUCAUCGAUUGCUGCCUGGUGUUAAUCCUGCAGAAAAUUAUGGUUUACGCCUUGCAGAAAAUUUGGAUGUACCGAAACCAGUUCUCGAGAUGUCGAAAACUUUUGCAUCACAGAUUAGAAAUACUUCCGAGGCAAAUCUUAUAUCUGACAUAGGAGAUGAGACUUACACUCUUGCAAUGGCCCUUCACAAACUGAAAGUUCUCACCACUACUGAUGGCUUGACUGUGGAUGAAUUAAAAACAUUUCAGUUGAAUGUGAGAAAAGAAAUCAGAGAGGCACAACAACGAAAGCAAGAUGUCAUAUUAAGUAAACAGAUGGAACAACAUGCUGUAGCAGAAGAUAUUCAAUCUAACGUUGUAGCUCACCAACAAAAUUUGUGUGGCUAUUCAAGCUCCGAAGCUGGUCUUAGCCCAAUUGUCUCCAAAGCAUCAGAAAGAAUGUUCCCUGAAAAUCCAAUUUCAGAAGCAUCAGAAAGAAUGUUCCUUGAAAACCCCAUUCUAGAAGCAUCAGAGAGAAUGUUCCCUGAAAACCCUAUUUCCGGUGGUAGUGACUAUGGCAGUCCAAAAAGUCAUGAUAAUGGUCGAUGCCCCAGUCCUGAGGAAGAGACACCAAAAUCAAGUCUCCCAGAAGAUAACAUUGACGCACAUGAUUCGACUCUGUGUUCCUCACCUACUCUUAAUUUGACCGCAAUAAGCACUCUUGACACCCCAAGGAGCGUCACCUCCUUCUGCUCGCAACACACUUGGCUGGCACAAACUCCAGACCAAAGCAGCAGAUAUUCCGAAAGUAAAUGUCCCUCAAGCAGAAGGUCUCAAAGUUUCAGUGAUGCCAGUGAUUCAGGAAGUGAUGAAAAUUCAUCCCUAAGCCAUUUUAGAUCUGAGUUGUCCAUGUCAAACUCUAUGAUGAGUGUGUAUGAUGAAGACAAAGUGACAAAUGGGCAGAGUUUCAAUGCAUUUUGUAAACCUCAGGACAUCUCUCGUCAAAGUAAAGACAGGAGCACUGACUUCUUCAGCCAAUCUACAGCCAUCCUCAGCCAAAACUCAGUCGCAUCAAAUCCAUUUCAAUUCAUAAAUGAGCAGCAAAGUUUCCAAAGUCUGUUCAAGAGCACAGAUACACCUCUGAAGAAGAGACUUCCAAUAUUUCCAGCCAGCUUCUUCAUGUCACCAAGAAUAAGUGAACAUUUAAAUGAUGAAGGGCUAUCAUCCCCACCCAUGGCCUCUAGGACUCCGCAAACAAAUAAUCCACAGAAAAGAACCAGUGCUGACUUUAACGCACCGAGUGAACAAGGCUACAUUGACGAAGGGCCAUCAACCCCAUUCACGACCUCCAAGACUCCGCAAACAAGUAAUCCACAGAAAAGAACCAGUGGUGACUUUUACUCACAGCGUGAACAAGGAUGCAUUGACAAAGGGCCAUCAAUCCACAAGACCCCUCAAACAAGUACUCCACAAAAAAGAGGCAUUGGUGGCUUUUACUCACCAAGCGAUCAUGGUUACACCCACAAGACCCCUCAAACGAGUACUUCACAAAAAAGAGCCAGUGGUGGCCUUUACUCACCAAGUGAUCAUGGCUACAUUGAUGAGUCACCCGGUCAUUCAAGCAAUCCACGGAAAAGGGCCAGCAGUGAUUCUUGCUCACCAAUUAGUGGCAGUAAAAAGUCGCUACAAGUUUCAGCAGAAAAAAAGAUCCACUCUAGCGGAAAGAAUCUACUGGAACAAGCGCCGAAAGGAGGUUUCCAUUCUCUCCAACUGGUUAUGGAUUCCUACUGCUCUUCGGGCUCAGAUAGUGAUUAGUUGUGUAGUAUUUAUAUGAAUUAUUUAAAUAUAUUAUUUUAUCAAAUUUCAACAUGUUUAACUAUAAUAAAAUAAUUUAUGUUUAAGGGCUAGCUCCAUA